CAGUAAACUUGUUUUUCUCAACAAGUAUUUUAGUCAUAUAUAAAGACUUAAAAUAUUAUUUAUUUUCCUUUUUUGGAAAAUUUGACAAAAAUACUGCCAAUGACGUAAGACAAUUUUCACUCAUUUUAAGAGUUGCCAAUAGAAUAAGAACAGUGCCCUUGUCAAGCAAACAGUGAUUUAAAGCAAGCUCAUACUUUCUAUUUCAGAGAAAAAAAAAAUGUAUGUCUUAUUACAAGACUAAAAAUGCUUGUUAAGACAGACAUUUUUUGCAGUGUAAUAAUAAUCACAAUACAUAACAUCCAUUAUGCCAUGUUGUUAAUGAUUCACCGUAGAAUAAAGUCUGUAAAGUCAGGGAAAAAGAGUUGAUGGUUGAUGAUUAUUAUAUUAUUCACUGUCAUAGCAUGAAAAGAGGCAGAACGAUUGUAUAUAAACAAAUGUAUCUAAUGCGACAUGACUCUGUAUUAUUCAAAUGGGCAGGUUAGAAAGGACUGGAAAGAGAUAUGAAAUAGAGCGGAUAUUAAACAUAAUCAAACACUUUUCUCCUCACAUUCGAGUGUUUUACUGUGAGGCACUCUAUAACCUGCUUCUGAAAGGUGCUACAUAAUCAAAGAAUUACUUACAUUCUGUAUGUAUACUGACUUUCUCUCCUUUUCUCCCCUUAUCUUUCUCUCUCUCUCUCUAACUCCCUCUCUCAGGAUGUCCAUCACUAAGAUUCACGCACGCGAGAUCCUCGAUUCCAGAGGAAACCCUACUGUGGAGGUUGAUCUCCACACAAGUAGAGGUUGUUUCAGGGCUGCUGUGCCCAGUGGUGCUUCCACAGGUAUCCAUGAGGCUCUGGAGCUGAGAGACGGGGACAAGACCCGCUACCUGGGGAAAGGUGUGCAGAAAGCCGUGGAACAUGUCAACAAGGACAUCGCUCCUGCUCUGCUGGAGGCCAAGCUGAGUGUGGUUGAGCAGGAGAAGAUUGACAAGCUCAUGCUGCAUUUGGAUGGCACUGAGAACAAGUCUCGGUUUGGCGCUAACGCCAUCCUGGGCGUGUCUCUGGCCGUGUGCAAGGCGGGCGCUGCGGAGAAGGGCGUGCCCCUGUACCGUCACAUCGCCGACCUGGCAGGACACAAGGAAGUCAUCCUGCCCGUGCCAGCCUUCAACGUGAUCAACGGCGGCUCCCACGCCGGGAACAAGCUGGCCAUGCAGGAGUUCAUGAUCCUGCCGGUCGGCGCGUCCUCCUUCCACGAGGCCAUGCGCAUGGGCGCCGAGGUCUACCACAACCUGAAGAGCGUCAUCAAGGCCAAGUACGGCAAGGACGCCACCAACGUGGGCGAUGAGGGCGGCUUCGCCCCCAACAUCCUGGAGAACAACGAGGCUCUGGAGCUGCUGAAGACUGCCAUUGAGAAGGCAGGCUACCCAGACAAGAUCAUCAUCGGCAUGGACGUAGCAGCAUCCGAGUUCUUCAGGGACGGCAAAUACGACCUGGACUUCAAGUCCCCUGAUGACCCCUCACGCUACAUCUCAGGAAAGGAGCUGGGAGAUCUCUACAAGAGCUUCAUCAAGAACUACCCAGUCCUGUCCAUUGAGGACCCCUUUGACCAGGACGACUGGGAGCACUGGAGUGAGUUCACAGAAUCAGUGGGCAUUCAGAUCGUGGGAGACGACCUGACCGUGACCAACCCCAAACGCAUCCAGACCGCGGUGGAGAAGAAGGCUUGCAACUGCUUGCUCCUCAAAGUCAACCAAAUCGGCUCCGUCACAGAGUCCAUCCAGGCGUGCAAGCUGGCUCAGUCCAAUGGCUGGGGUGUGAUGGUCAGCCAUCGGUCAGGAGAGACUGAGGACACCUUCAUCGCUGACCUGGUUGUGGGCCUGUGCACAGGACAGAUCAAGACCGGAGCCCCCUGCAGGUCCGAGCGUCUGGCCAAAUACAACCAGAUGAUGAGGAUUGAGGAGGAGCUUGGACACAGGGCCCAAUUUGCCGGGAGGCACUUCCGUCACCCCAAGAUCAGCCACGACUACCUGGACCCAUUUUUCUACUGAGCAAGCCGGCUAUGCCGCGAAAUAAACACCAGCAACUAUUCUUAAAACCGACGACAUAACCCUCCUCCGGUCUCGGCAGUUACAGCAGCCGGGGCCACGAACCGGCCGUGUCUGGAGCGCACUGCUGUGGACAGGGGAGGUGCAGCCCCUGUAACGUCCCCUGA